AUUAUGAGUAAGAACCCUUUGUUUGGGUACCCCUGUGGUGUAUUUACCGUGGGAGGCUGAAGCCAGCCCCUGAGAUCCGUCCGCAGUCCCCCCGCUUAUCACGGUCAGCAGUGAGGCGAACAGUGUCUUGGAGUGUGCAAAACCGGCUCGAAAAAAUGUCGAAGACGCCAGUCAAGUAUGAAGAUCUGGGCAAGGAGGCCAGAGAUGUCUUUGGAAAGGGCUAUGGGUUUGGAUGUGUCAAAGUAGACUUGAAGACAACAACUAAGAAUGGAGUGGAAUUCAAGACAGCCGGCUCGUCAAUGAAUGACACUGGCAAAGUUUUUGGAAGCCUAGAAACAAAGUACAAAUACAGUGAUUAUGGUAUCUCACUCUCCGAGAAGUGGACUACAGACAAUGUGUUGAGCUCGGAAAUUACUGUUGAAGACCAGAUUGCCAAGGGUCUAAAGCUUCAGUUUGACACCACAUUUGCCCCCAACACUGGAAAGAAGUCUGCUAAGAUCAAGACUGCCUACAAGCAAGAUUACUUGCAUGCCACUGGUGAUGUGGACUUUGACUUUGCUGGACCCACUGUCCAGGGCUCUGCAGUGGUAGGGUAUGAAGGAUGGCAUGCUGGCUACCAGGUCGCAUACGAUACUUCCAAGUCUAAACUCAUUGCCAACAACUUCUCCCUUGGCUACCGUGCCAAGGACUUUCAGAUUCACUCUGCUGUCAAUGAUGCCUCUAAGUUUACUGGCUCAAUCUACCACCAGAUAAGCAAGAACCUUGAGGUAGCUGCUCAACUCAACUGGGCCACUGGCAGUAGCAAUACCUCCUUCCAGGGUGGCUGCAAGUAUGACGUGGACAAGGACACCACCCUUAGGGCUAAGGUGAACAACAACAGCCACCUAGGUCUUGCGUACACACAGAGGCUUCGUGAUGGCAUCAAGGCCACCGUCUCCUCGCAUAUCGACACUAAGAACCUGAACCAAGGAGGACACAAACUUGGGCUCUCUCUUGAAAUGGAGGCUUAGACAAUCGUAGCCAAGGGUGCGAGCCGGCGUGUUUUGAGUCAUCUCCAAUUGUUCUACCAUUUACCCUUUAAGCGCCAGCUUUUUGAAUUUGUAAUGGUCUCGUGAGGCAGGUAAUCGUUAAGUACAUGGUGGUUACCAGAGGUUAGUCUCGGGCUGGGGAGGAGCCGACGGGUGUAUGCGUAUGUAUCUAGCUGUGUGUGCAAGGUCUUUCCAGUUUGUUCAGCCGUUUGGUCAACCUAAUAAAUGCUAAAAUAUGUC